GACGCAUAGGGACAGAGGCGUGUCUUGGUUGGAAUGUUGGUGGAGCCAAGGUUCGGAAAUGGAAUGUUUGGACACGGUUACACCUGAGUAUCAGCGAUAUGGACACGUCCCGGUAGGGAGUCCCUCCCGCACCCUAUCCUGGCUCAACAGCACUUUAUCCCGGCCCCAGCUUCAGGGAGAUAGCGCUCCUCGCUGUUUGAUCGUGCAGCCACAGAGUACCGACAUUCGGCAACCCCCAGCCGGAGUCUGCAGCAGCAUCUUUCUCCCCUAAUAAGCACCCCCACCCCUCCUCCGCCUCCAGCAGCAGCCACAAGCGGGCAGUUACACCAGAUGUCCUCGGCUGCCCAAUGCCAGGCUGGGCUAACGCUGCUGAACAUCUGCCCUUGCUUGGGAAUCGGGGGGAUGCCUCUUCUGAUAGCGCCGGGGUCUGGAAGCGUUUGAGGUCGGCUUCCCUGGUGCCAGCCCCUGCAACCUUCUCAGCAUCCCGAGGAGAGCGAAUGGUCCCGGACACAUGCAGGCCAGGAAGAAAUACAUUCUGACCGCGUUCUGCGCCUGUUGGUUCUUGCUAUUUUACUUCGGGGGAGCGCAGAUCCGGCAGCUGAAGAUACUGGCACGCAGGCAGAAAGAGGAGCUGGUGACGGCGAGGAGGUGGCCGGUUUGGGACGAUGAGGCGACGCUCAAAAGUUUUGUGGAGCAGCCUGGAGGAGACGAGGUGGAUGUCGGGUUGCGGGAAUCUCCAAAGAUCAAGAGGCAGACGAGGGCAAACGUCUACAAGGACAGCAGGUGUCGGAUGGAGACUUGUUUUGACCUGUCUCUGUGCGAGAAACGAGGCUUCAGGGUAUACAUCUACCCCCAGUCCAAAACGGAUAAAGUUUCUGAAAGUUACCAAAAAAUUCUUUCCUCCAUUCAAGAGUCCAGGUAUUACACACCGGACCCACAGCAAGCCUGCUUAUUUGUCAUGGGUAUAGAUACUUUAGAUCGGGAUCAGCUUUCCUUGCAAUAUAUUCACAAUGUCGAUGCCAAAAUCCAGAGUUCUCCUUUGUGGAAUAACGGAAGGAAUCACUUGAUAUUUAACCUAUACUCGGGAACUUGGCCUGACUACACAGAGGACUUAGGUUUUGAUAUUGGCCAGGCCAUGGUGGCCAAGGCAAGCUUUUACAUGGAGAGUUACAGGCCUCACUUCGAUGUCUCCAUCCCCUUGUUUUCAAGAGAGCAUCCCCAGAAGGGCGGAGAGAAAGGCUGGCUUCGCUACAACAAUGUUCCACCUCGGAGGAAGUACCUGUUGGUCUUCAAAGGAAAAAGGUACUUGACCGGAAUUGGCUCGGAUACCAGAAAUGCCUUACACCAUAUCCACAAUGGAAAGGAUAUUAUUUCACUGACCACUUGCAAGCAUGGGAAAGAUUGGGUGAAGCACAAAGAUGGUCGCUGUGACCGGGACAACCAAGAGUAUGACAAGUAUGACUAUCAGGAACUGCUGCACAAUUCCACUUUCUGCCUUGUUCCUAGAGGGAGAAGACUGGGUUCUUUCCGAUUUCUAGAAUCUCUUCAGGCUGCUUGCAUUCCAGUUCUGCUCAGUAAUGGCUGGGAGCUGCCGUUCUCUGACAUCAUCGACUGGAGUAAAGCUGUUGUGGUGGGCGAUGAGAGACUCCUACUGCAGAUUCCAUCAACAGUCAGGUCCAUUGACAAUGACAAAAUCUUGGCAUUCCGACAACACACCCAGUUCUUAUGGGACGCUUAUUUUUCUUCUGUAGAAAGGAUUGUAUCAACCACACUGGAGAUCAUCAAGGACAGGAUAUUCACACACUUGUCACGAAAUAAACUCAUGUGGAACAAACUGCCUGGAGGGUUAUUUGUGCUCCCUCAAUACUCAACUCAUACAGCCGAUUACCCUUUCUACUACCUGGAUAUGGGUUUAACGCCCAAGAAGGAAUUUACUGCGUUGAUUCAUACAGUUUCACCCCUGGUCUCCCAGUCACAGCCCAUCAUCAAAUUAAUCUUGGCCCUGGCAAAAUCCAAAUACUGUUCACAAAUAAUCAUCUUGUGGAACUGUGACAAACCAUUAGUCCCCAAGAAUAAAUGGCCCGCAACGAGAAUGCCUCUGAUAGUUAUAAAGGGAGGACGUAAGACCAUGAGCAAUCGCUUCUUCCCUUACGAUGUCAUAACAACAGAUGCAGUGCUGAGUCUGGAUGAGGACACCGUACUUUCAACCAAUGAGGUUGACUUUGCGUUCAUCGUGUGGUGCAGCUUCCCAGAUCGGAUCGUGGGUUACCCAGCUCGCAGUCAUUUUUGGGACAGCAGCAAGGGAUUGUGGGGAUACACAUCUAAGUGGACCAACGAGUACUCCAUGGUUUUAACUGGAGCAGCGUUUUACCACAGAUAUUAUCAUUACUUGUUCACAAACUACCUGCCUGCAAGUCUACAUGCACUCAUAGACCAGACGGCCAACUGUGAAGACAUACUGAUGAAUUUCCUCGUUUCAGCAGUUACUAAACUUCCCUCAAUCAAAGUCACACAGAAGAAGCAGUAUAAAGAGACCCUGAUGCAGCAGGGUUCAAAAAGCACUCUCUGGGCAAAUCCAGACCAUUUCACACAAAGACAGAACUGCAUUAACAGAUUUGCCAGCUGGUUUGGCUACAUGCCCCUCGUACAGUCGCAGCUCCGUCUUGACCCUGUCCUGUUCAAGGAUCAAGUCUCCAUCCUUCGAAAGAAGUACCAUGAUAUUGAGAGACCAUGAGGGCCAAGAUUUGGAACACUUGCUGCGGGUCUGGCCAAAAAAACACCAUGGAGCCAAAGAGCGCCAAACAUGAAAGAACAGAUCAAGGCUCUGUACUCCUCUGAAAUCUUUAAGACAAUCGUCUGCACAGCCUGUGAAUGGGCCAACUGACUUUAUUUUUUAAGAAUCAUUGUUAUUUACUACAACACAAUCCAUGUGAAUUCAUUAAACAGAAAUGUAAUCUCUCUUAAUUGUGACAGUUUUGGAAGAAGGUUCGGAGAAGUGACCCAGAUCCCGUCAGAGCUGGUUAAGUACAGCUGGUAAACUGUACUUAAACUAAUUCCAACAGAAUGUUAACCAGUUCUUUCCAGUUACUUACAAUAUAAACUACUUUCCAUGAAUGAGUGUUUGUCUGCUGUUUGAAAGCUUGUUGCGGUAAAGGUUUAGAAGUGCAAGCAGGCAAUGGCUGGGUUCUCCAGGGUAAGUGAGGAAACUGGGUUGACAACUGGCAACUUGUACAAUUUCAUUGUUAACCUACUGCAAGUAGUGCCAGGCUCUACACAUUACUCCCACUUACAGGAGUCUUGGUUCUGGUCCAAUGUUAUUGGCCGGGGGCUGUUGACUAUGCCAUGGUUCGUUUGGCACACAACAGUUUACAUGAAGAUUCAUUGACUUGGGUUUAGUGCAAGAUUAUUCAUGGCUAAAGAAAAUAAUAGUUUAAAAUGAAAAAUGCAUGUUCUGCCCAUGGGAUUAUGUUGUAUUAAAUUACAUUUUGUCCAGUU